AUGCUUCUUCCAAAAGCCAAUCUUCCUCCAGGAAGUUUUGGAUGGCCAAUUAUCGGCAAAACCUUUGCCUUCCUUAACCAGACGCAGGAAAAGUUUGUAGGGGACAGAAUGAAAAAGCACCCUUCGAAACUCUUCAAAACCAACAUAUUGGGGGAGCCAACUGUGGUGUUUUGUGGCAAUGCCGGUCACAAAUUCAUCUCUUCCAACAAGGAAAAGCUGGUUCUGUCAUGGAAACCACAGUCCAUGCAGAAGCUCUUCCGCUCUUCCUAUCAAAAAGUUGCUUCGGCGCCCACAUCACGAGCAGAAGCUGUUCAUAUCAGAACUUCACCGGGUUUUCUCAAAACUGAAGCUGUAGUUCGAAACGCAGUGAGUAUGGAUUGUAUGGUUCAGAAACAUUUGAAGCUUCACUGGGACGGCAAAAGCAGAGUUGAGGUAUAUCACCUGGCUCAGCUACUUGUGAUGACUCUAUCAUCUCGCUUCUUUACUGGACUCCAAGACAAUCAAGAGCGCAGUGCAAAGCUUACCAGAUUGACCAAUGUCAUCACUUCAGGGCUGCAUACUACUCCUCUGAAUGUUGCAGGAACCGCGUUUUAUCGGGCAAUGAAAGCCGCGAAUGCGAUGAGGAAGGAGGUUAUGCUGCUGAUUAAGGAGAAGAAAGCAGCUAUGUCCAGUGGUGCCAAUGAGAUCAAAAUAAAUGACAUCAUGUCUCAUUUGCUGUUUAAUCCGGAUCCCACUGGGCGGUUCAUGCCAGAGAAUGAAGUUGCUGAUAAAGUUAUGGGCUUGAUGAUGGAUGGAUUUCACUCGCCUUCCAUGGCUACAAGUUUCCUUGUCAAAUAUCUUGGUGAAGGACCUGACAUUUGUGACAAAGUCCAAACAGAACAAUUGGAGAUUGCAAGGUCAAAAGAAUCUGGGGAGGCACUUAAUUGGGAUGACAUAAAGAAGAUGAAAUAUUCAUGGAGCGCGGCACUUGAAGUGAUGAGGCUGGUACCACCUCUUCAAGGAACAUUCAGAGAGGUCAUUACUGACUUCACCUAUGAAGGCUAUACAAUUUCACAAGGGUGGAAGGUGUACUGGUCCGCAAGCACCACAAACAAAAACCCCGAGAAUUUCAGUGCACCGGAAGUGUUUGACCCGAGCAGGUUUGAGAAUGGAAAAACUCCACAGGCUUACUCUAACAUCCCAUUUGGCAGCAGUCCUCGAAUUUGUCCUGGAAAAGAAUAUGCGAGACUCCAGCUUCUCUGUUUCUUGCAUCGCCUCGUUACUAGGUACAAAUGGCAAGUGUUGAAUCCAUGCGCCAAGAUUGCAGGCGGCAUGAACCCUGUACCAGAAGAAGGGUUUCACAUUCGCCUCCAACCUUAUACAUGGCGUGAGGGCAAUUGA